AGGCUAUUGCGAUCGUUUGGACCAGUAGUUGGACUUCGGAUAGAUCAACCAGCGACUUCGUAAGAAUCUUCGUUUUUUCUUUGGUGGUUGAUCUCACAGCAAGCCCCCACAAAAAGGAAAAGAAAAGAAAAAUCUCACUCACAGUUACCUAUAUAUGUGAGUUGCUUUUAGUCCGAUGGCUCUGGUUAACUGCCCGGGCAUCCAGUGCAUGUCUGCAACGAUGGGUCUGAAGAAGAAAGCUCUGCGCUGGUUGCCCCGUUCCUCUGCGGGGUCCGGCCUGGAGGAAGAUGAAGACAGCAACGAGAGGAGCGGGCUCCUGAGGAGCCACCGGGAUCAUAACCGCGUCGUGCCGGUCAUGGACGUGGAUGAGCCACGAGCCAAGGCGUCGCCGGCAGCGGAGCCGAAGACCGUGGCCCUGAAGGUGUCGAUGCACUGCCAUGGCUGCGCGAGGAAGGUCAAGAAGCAGAUCUCCAAGCUGGAAGGAGUUGCGUCCGUCAAGAUAGAGCUGGGGAUCAAGACGGUGACGGUGGUCGGGAACGUGACCCCCGUGGAAGUCCUGGAGGCCGUCUCCAAGGUGAUCAAGUACGCGCACAUCCUGGACCUGGCGGCGCCCUAGAUUAGCAGCAAUGCAGUGUCGCGGCCGAUGCCUGCCUACAGACGUCCAGUGUGUGUGUGUGUGUGUGGUGAUUGCACUUGUAAAAAUUGAUGAGCAGCAUCUCUCAGUUUUCUCGAGUCAUUGUGAAUCUUGAAAAAAAUAAGUUGCCAUUUCCAUGUCAAA